GGGGAGUGGCUCAUAAUCGUUUGGCAUCAAUAAUAAAGUACUAGUAAAUAAACAAACACACAGUACAGAUAGAGAGAGAGAGAGAGAGAGAGUGUGAGAGGCAGAGAGCAGUUACACUGACCACAUUCACAAUGCAGCUGCAGUUCAGCACACUCCUCUUUUACUGCCUCCUUUUCUUCAUUUCCGCCACCGCCGCCGCCGCCGCCGCCGCGACCAACGGCGCUCACAACAUCACGCGGAUACUCGCAAAGCAUCCUGAGUUCUCCACAUUCAGCCACUACCUAACCGUCACUCACCUCGCCGACGAAAUCAACCGCCGCCGCACCAUCACCGUCUGCGCCGUCGACAAUGCCGCUAUGAACGACCUCCUCGUCAAGCACUACUCCAUAGGUACCAUCAAAAACGUCCUCUCGCUCCACAUCUUCGCCGAUUACUUCGGCGCCAAGAAGCUCCACCAGAUCACCAACAGCUCCACCACCACAUCCUCCUUGUUCCAGGCCACCGGCGAGGCCGCCGGAACCUCUGGAUACGUCGAAAUCACCGAUAGAAAAGGAGGUAAGGUCGGAUUCACACCUGUAGACGGCGAAGGCUCCGGCGAAGGCCGACCUAUGGCGAUGUUCGUCAAAUCUAUCGAAGAGCGUCCGUACGUCAUUGCGGUUAUUCAAAUCAGUCACAUUCUCACCUCGCCGGAGGCCGAAGCGCCGAUGGCGAGCCCUACCGACCUCAAUGUAACUACUCUAAUGGCGAAGCAAGGUUGCGGUACGUUUUCCGAUCUGAUAAACGAAAUCUCCGACGUCAAAGACACGCUACAGCACAAAGUUGAAUCUGGAUUGACGGUUUUCUGUCCUUCCGACGAAUCGGUCGAUUCCUUCAUGUCGAGGUACAAAAACCUCACCGCCGGCGAUAAGGCCUCCCUGCUUCUCUACCACGCCUUGCCUGAGUACAAUUCGCUCGGAACUCUCAGAUCCAGCAAUGGCGUGAUGAACACUCUCGCCACCGAAGGUGCGAAGAAGAAGUUCGACUUCACCGUCCAUAACGUCGGCGACGACGUCAAGCUAAAGACGAAGGUCGUAACCGCCACCAUCACCGGAACUCUCCUAGACGACGAUCCGCUCGCAGUGUUCAAAGUCGACACCGUUCUACUUCCCACGGAACUCUUCAAGGCGGCGCCGCCGGCGCCGGCGCCUAAACCGUCGAAGCCGAAGAAGAGCAAAUCGAAAGAUGCGGACGCCGGCACUAGCUCGGACGACUCCGAUGCAGACAGCCCUGGCCCCUCCGCCGACGACGACGACAGUGCGGUGGCGGAUGCUGAGGCGUCCAGUAACGACGGCGGGAGAGCCGCCGGCGGGAGUCUGCUCUUCAGUUUGGCCCUCGGCAUUAUUUUUGCUUUUAUUUCUUAAUUUUUUUUAAAAAAAAAAUUGUGGUGUGGAUUUUUAUUGUUAAUUAAAAAUUUAAAAAUCUUCUUUUUUUUUUUUUUUUUUUUUUCUUUCUGUUUGAGUCUGUAAUGAACGUCAAAAUAUUAUAAAAAUUUUCUUUUU